AUGGCGAGCGAGAAAACCUUUAUCCGUAGAUCGAAGGUCCUUACACACUCUCUGGGGGGCCAAGCCGGUCUACUACGAGAAUCGGGCCUCAAUGACAACAAAAUCGGCAUGUCCAUUGCUUGGAGCCAGGGUCUGGAUAACAGGGUGCUCUGGCGUCGGAAAGAGACGGCGUUGCCUAUGGAAUUCACCAAUCUCAUCUAUGAUGAGACUCUACAAGCAACGAUAUUUGGGUUGAAGGCAAAAGAUGAACUCGCUAGGAGGGCUGAGAUCGUCACCAUGCUUGGUGGAAACUGUUCAGCCUGUUGCGUGGAUCUUGACAGUGUCGCUGGGGAGCAUGCCGGCGUAUUCGGAAAAGUGCACAGACUAGGAGGGGUCUUGACGCAUAGCCCAGCUAUAUUGUACUGGGCGUCCAAUGCGAAUCCUUACUCUGGGGUGACGAGCUUUGCCAUUGCAGCAUCCACCGGUGCCGUCAUCCUGAACGAAAGCCAGGGGCGCUGGACCACUGAAAUCGGCGAACGGUGUCUUGACGCACCGGAAGUGAUGGCUGUGGAUUGGCUAUCCCCGAACGUUGUAAUAAAGGGUUGUAAAGACGGCGGAGUGCGGCUGUGGGACAUCAGAAGUCACGGGGAAAGUCGAGAAAGUCGCAUUCAGCAUGCAAGCCAGAUCAACCAUGCGAGGAGAAUCGAUGAGAUCACGAUAGUGGUUGCAGGACUCGACAGUCAGCUAUGUACUUACGAUCUGCGCUUUCCAUCUGAUCUCGCGACCUCUGGCCAAGUAACACGACCUUACAAUCGGUUCCCCUCCUACGAAAACUCCGACCUUGGACAUCUGGCAACCGGAUUCGACGUUCAUGGCGAUCUCGUUGCUGCCGUUACAGACGACGCUCGCGUCAUAAUUUGGGACGUCAAGCGCGGCUUUGAGCUGAAGCAGGCGAGAUGGAGAAGUACCAAACCGACAGGGGAUGCCAUCUGCGUACGAUUUGUUAAUGGAGGCAACGAUAGGGAGGUGCUACGAUUGAUGACCGCGGCUGGGUUGGCGGUUACUGAAUUCGCUUGGUGA